AUGGCGGCGGCGGCGGCGGCGGCGGAGGGGUCCGGGGCAGAGGGCCGCGGCGAGGCCGGCGGCGGCGGCAGGCGGCAGCAGCAGCAGCAGGGGCUGGCGGAGCGCCGGAUGCUCCGGUCCCAGUACCACGCCAUGAAGAGCCUCAUCAACGAGGAGAGGGAUGACAUGGCGAAGGAGGACUCCGACAAGUUCGCCUCCAUCAUCACGCAGGUGGAGAGCUUGCACGAGCAAGUGCAGAGACCCAGGGAGCAAGUAGCGGAUGCAGAGGCUCUGCUGGACAUCACAAGCACGUUGGUAAAAUCCGUGAGGUCCCAGUCAAGUGAAGGAAUCACACCUUCUGAUUUCGUAACAGCAUUGCUGAAGAAAUUUGGGCAGCAAGCAACCCUUGAUUCCGAGCCUGUCUCGUUGCGCUGGGCUGAUGUUGGGCUUUCUGCUUCACAUGUCUUCAGGGCUGCGCCUGGAUGCUGCACCAUGCUUGGACCCAUGGAUACAGAAGUAAAGCAGCGUAAGCUUUCAGUUGUUAGUAGAAAAAGAAGUGCCAGGCCAACUGAAAAUACUUGUCCAGAAGAGCUUGCCGAUUCUUCGGAGGGAGCAAAGACAGACACUGACCGGAAUGUGACUGUUGUAUUUGAUAUCCUGAGGAAAAAUAAGCGUGCGAGGCUGGAGACCCUUGUUUUGAACAGACAAUCAUUUGCCCAAACGGUUGAGAAUGUUUUUGCACUGUCUUUCCUAGUUAAAGAUGGCAGGGUGGCAAUAAACAUUGAUGACAAUGGGCACCAUAUAGUCUAUCCACGAAAUGCGCCUGCUGCUAGUGCCAUAGCGUCAGGAGAAGUGUCCUACAGCCAUUUUGUUUUCAGAUAUGAUUACAGAGAUUGGAAGCUUAUGAAAGAAGUCGUCCCUGAAGGGCAAGAACUGAUGCCGCACAGGACGGCGCACAGCCUCUCUGCUGAAGAGCGAGAACAGAUGGAGCCAUGUGCGCAACGAACACCGAUAAGGAAACUUUGCCGGAACCGAGGUUUGGUUCUUCAGGAGCAGAUGGUUGUUGCAGAGACACCCGAGGAGGACAGAAGCUCCAAACGCAAGCGUCUAUUCAUAGAUCAGGAGUGA